AUGGUAGCUGCGCAUCUCUUCCUUGACCAGGUUCAACAGCACCAUCUGGGCAUCCCCUCUCAGUGCCGCCGUCAGUUGCUGUGCCUUGUCACCCUCGCUCCUCUUGCACAGCUUACCCAGCACAGUAUCCGGCAUGAUCCCAUGCUCUCUGCUGCUGGUGAACGCCAUUCUCUAGAGCGGGUCAAGACUCAUCUCUCCUGGCUCCGGGUAUCAGGCGCAGCACUCUGCGGGACCCAGCUGGGCCCCAUGUGCUCUACAGCUGGUGACCACCGUCUUUCAGCGCUGGCCAAGACUCGUCUCUCCUCACUGAACCUGGCCUGUCCCUCCAUCAGGCCGAGCUCCUUCUUGCACUGGAGCAGCUGCUCCAGCUCAUGGAGAUGUGACAUGGUAGAUAGGGACAUGAAAGAAAUCAAUGCAGUACACACAGUGUUUCCUUAUGCAAAGGUGUUGCUGUGCUGGUUCCAUGUACUUCAGGCUGCCGAGUUUGAAAAGAUGUCAAAGGAAGUGAUUGUCAAAACAGACAGAGAAACUGGCAGUUCAGUAAUUUCACAGUAUCUACAGGACCAUUGGUUUCGAAAUGCAGACAUGUGGGCCAAUUUUGGACGGAGAGUUUACCACCAAGACAGUAAAACGAACAACCUUGUUGAGAGCAUUUUUAUGUGGUCUAGUGUUGCAAAUGAGUGUUGGAUUUCAAAAAAUAAAUACAUUAUACUUUAUAUUUGUAAUUUUCUAGAACAUAAAGUUGUUGUGUACAUUUAUUUCAGUAUCUGUACAAAUAAGGAGAUAGUGUACCACAGGUAUCUGGAAGGUCUUCAUGGUGCUCAGAGGAUUUCUGAUUCCAAAACACAGGAUACUGCAGAAUCUGCAUUACGUAUGAAGAACAAAGGCCUUCAAAAUAAUUUUGUUUACAAAUCAGGUGGCCAUUGCACAGUGCCUUCAGAAGCAGAUAAAGCAAAAUGUUAUGCUGUGGAUUUAAUUAGCAUGAAAUGUGAAUGCGCCGUUUCUGAAAGGGGUAAUUUGUGCAAGCAUAUUGAGUUUGCAAAAAUGAUGUGCAAAGAACAGGGGAUUGAUAUUGAUGGAAUUCGAAAAGAAUUAGCCAGUUCACUAACUGAACAGCAUUGCUAUGAGUGGGAUGGAAAACAUUUAAUUGUACAUUGUGCUGGUAGUUUUGGAGUAGUACAUGUGCAAAACCAACAGUGUACCUGUCUUGCCAAUAGUCUUGGAGAAAUAUGUGUCUGUCUAAGACUUUCUGAGUUAAUUGGUACACAGAACCCUAACCAAGAGGUAACGGACUGCUUUGUGAAUACCACAGCAAAUUGUCAAUCACACAAUAAACAGUUGUGUGUAAAGAAGAUGAUUUCAGACUUAAAGGAGUGGUGUGACAGCAGUGAUUAUAAGGAAUCUCCAGAGUUGAAUGCUGUAGUAAAACGUGCACACCAACUAGCAUUUGGACAGUAUAGCAUGGCCAGCAAUAAAAUAAAAAUUCUAAGGCUGCAUGCUUACAGAAAACGCAUUGAAAGAGCAAGAAGCCAUGCUAUAGACAUGCAUUCAUAUCAGCUCAAAGAACCCCUUAAUCGAGCUUUAUAUACUGUGGGAGGUCCCUUCGCCUUCUCCGGGGCCAGUGGAGGGGGUGAUACAGCAAUUGUACUCCUUCCAGGCAGUCUUGCUGGCGUUGGCUCUGCUGCCUGGUACUGUUCCGCCAACUCGACCGCCCGAUCUAGAGUGGCAGGUGCCUGCCGUUGCACCCACAGCCGAGGUGCCGGUGCCAAGCACUCCAGGAAGCGCUCCACCACGAUCACCUCCACUAUCCUGGCUUUGGUACUCGCGUCGGGGUUCAGCCAGCCCAUGGCGUAA